AUGGCGGUGCAGGCGGUUCAUCUCGAGUCUGACGCUUUCCUACUUUGUCUCAACCACGCUCUGAGCACAGAGAAGGAGGAGGUGAUGGGGCUGUGUAUAGGGGAGUUGAUUGAUGACACAAGGAGUGACUCCAAAUUUGCAUAUACCGGAACUGAAACACAAACAGUUGCUGAAAAAGUUAACAACAUCGGAAUUGUUCACAUUCAUUCCGUCAUCAUCUUGAGACGUUCUGAUAAGAGGAAGGACCGAGUAGAAAUCUCUCCAGAGCAGCUGUCUGCGGCCUCAACAGAGGCGGAGAGGUUGGCAGAACUAACAGGCCACCCCAUGAGGGUCGUGGGCUGGUAUCAUUCCCAUCCUCACAUUACUGUUUGGCCUUCACAUGUUGAUGUUCGCACACAAGCCAUGUACCAGAUGAUGGAUCAAGGCUUUGUAGGACUUAUUUUUUCCUGUUUCAUAGAAGAUAAAAAUGCAAAGACUGGCCGGGUACUCUACACUUGUUUUCAAUCCAUACAGGCCCAGAAGAGCUCAGAGUCCCGUCAUGGUCCACGAGACUUUUGGAGUUCCAGCCAACACAUCUCCAUUGAGGGCCAGAAGGAAGAGGAAAGGUAUGAGAGAAUUGAUAUCCCAAUCCAUAUUGUACCUCAUGUCACCAUUGGGAAAGUGUGCCUUGAAUCAGCAGUAGAGCUGCCCAAGAUCCUGUGCCAAGAGGAACAAAAUACAUAUAAGAGGAUCCACAGCCUUACACAUCUGGACUCAGUAACCAAGAUCCAUAAUGGCUCAGUGUUUACCAAGAAUCUGUGCAGUCAGAUGUCAGCAGUCAGUGGGCCUCUCCUACAGUGGUUGGAGGACAGAUUGGAGCAAAACCAACAGCAUUUGCAGGAGUUGCAACAAGAAAAGGAAGAGCUUAUGCAAGAACUUUCUUCUCUAGAAUGA